UCUAGUGCCAGUGUUUCCUUUGGAUCUGUGGUUCCGGUGGUCUCUCUUUCCUCUCUUGGCCAGAAUAAAUGGCAUUAUAUAUUAGUAUUGCACAUAUGAAGUGUGUUGUAUUGAUACAAGGCAGUCUGCAAUAAUACUCAUGGUGUCUAAUCAAUCCACCAAAAGUGCACUUUGAAACUGCCAUCAAAGAAGCCUUCAAAUGAAAUAAUAAUCCACUUUCAUCCCCCCAUAAUCCCCAAAUCCCCCCUCUCUCUCUUUCUUUCUCUUUCUCCUUCUCCUUUUCCAUUCUGCUUCAUGCCUCUUUUUAUUCUAUUCUAUUCAUCUUUUCAAUCCAGAUCGACCGGUUGGCAGAGUUGCUUUUAAACUAAUUUAGAGAUUGAUUCUUACUUGUAUUUUUAGACUCAUAUUUGACUUUUUUGCUCAAUACUACCAUUUACGGCUGAGGGAUUAUUUGCACGGUAAACAACACAUAUCUCGCUAGUUCGACUAUUGAUUUUAUCGAUUACUCGUUGUUGUUUUCCCGGCAGUGAACAACUUUAUUCAAAUCCCAAUUUCAACUUUUUUCCGGAUUUUCAUUGAUUCCGGGAAGAUAAAUAGUCUAUGUUACUACAUAUAAUCAACAGCACUCGGAAUCUUUUGAAACAGAUCCCCUGAUCUUGUUGAUACAGAGGUACCAUUUUUGUUUCAGCCUUUUAACCACAACAAUCGACCCACAAUCGAUUUUGAUAUUCUGCUCUCAUUAUCAAAGUACCGAGAAAAUUGGAACUGGGUCUAGACAUACUCUGUUUUUAUACACAACCAAGAGCAAGCUAAUACCUCUGGCUUCACCAUGCAUUUUGAAAUAAAACUUUGUUGAUGAAUGGCUAGGCGGUGGUAAAAAGUCUUUACUUUUUCUGAACUAUUUUGGUGACAUUAUUGGUUGGCAGCUGUUAGUUUUCAAUCUUGUACAAUCUAUAACUGGGAUAACGAUGACGAUGUGUUGUUCUGUGAGAACACUUGUGCUGUGUGCUGUUACUCUGUGCUACCUGUGGGGGUGUGGCUUAUGGGUGGAGUGCUGGCAGACAGGAGCAGGGGGUGAGGUGGAGGUGGUGAGGGUGGGGAUCAUUCUGGAAGACAGGGAGAUAGAUCAGCAGCUGGUAGAGCACGAACUCCAAACUCUGUCCCAAUCCCUCCCCCACAACAUCAAAAUAGAGCCCAGGAUGAUCCAGGUGCAAGGAGUGGACCCCUAUGAAGUUGUGAGGUGGGCAUGUGUGCUGCUACACUCCCACUUCGCCUUGUUCCUGUCCAUAUCCUCUUGUGCCAGCCACGCCCUCCUGUCUGGACUGGCCAGGGACAAAAGAGUGCCCCAUCUGGCCAUCAACCACCACUGUCCCCCUCAACAACAACACUAUCACCACUCCUUGGGUGCUGAUGGGGAAGAGUGGGACAGCAGGGACGGCGGCGGGGGUGGGGAGUUCGACUUCAGCUUCCCCCUUGUAGUGGAUACUUCACAGACUGUGGACGUGGCAGUCGCACAGAUAGUCAAAGUUGAGAAGUGGACUAGUUUUGUGGUGGUGCAUGACGAGUGGAUCUCCCCCAGCCGAGUGGUGCAAUUCAUGGCCACAGUCAAGAGACAGAUGAAAGACCUCAAGUACACUGUAGUCUACAUGGACCACCAGUCCAUACUCAACGAGCAACUGCAGGCUAAUGGGAGUGAGGCGGGUAUUGGGGAUAUGGAGGAGUGGGCAUGGGGGCGUGUGUUCGACCGGAGACUGAGACACAUCUUCGAGGAGGAUGCGAAGGACUACUUCAACUUCAUCCUGCUGGCAACACUCUCCACCACCACACAAGUGAUCACACGUGCAGAACGGUUGAUAGAGGAGCGUCAGAUGAGCUCGUACAAUUGGAUCUUAGCCAAUCAGGAGCUGACGAUUGAGCAGUUGAGAAGACUGAACACUCGGUCCAAGAUAGUGGCACUCAGCCGCAUACAGACCACCCCCGCUCAAACACACUCUGCUGAAGACCCAGUCAAAAGGAGCAGCAGCAGCAGCAGCAGCAGCAGCAGUAGCAGCUCUUCUCCUUCUCGCUCUAAAUCUGCGUUGCCGCCACCCAGGAGGGGGAGUGAGGGUGCUGGUGGGGAGAAUGAGAGGGAGGUGGAGUACCUGCUGGACGGCCUGUGGGUGGUGAGGGACCUCAUACUCACCACAGCUGGACAGAUAGACUGGCAACAGGUGAGCCAACUUGAGUGUUCGUCCUCCAAUACGGCCACCUUCAAAGACGGCGACAAACUGGCCUCCGCUCUCAGGACUGUCGACAUACGUGCAAGAUCCGGUUCCGUCAAAUUCAUGCACGACAGACUGAAGGUGUUCAUAGAACUGGACAUCUGGGCCACCAACCCCCCACAGAAGAGAGACGAGGAGAAAGAGAAAGAAGAAGGAGAAGAAGAAGAAACUGAGAAUGUGUGGGAGCUGAUUGGACGCUGGGACGUGGACAAUGAACUGCAGCUGAAGGAGGGCAGAUUGAAGCCAUUCCAGGAGAACUACUUCUCAGUCGAGGAUUUGAAGCUACGCAUAGUGACCAUAGUGGAGCGUCCAUUCAUCAUCCGCAACGAGGUGCAGAAUGGGGCGACUGAGGAUCCCAACGGGAGUGGCUUUGCGAGAGGGGGAGGUGGUGAGAAAAGUGUGUACUACACAGGGUGCUGUGUGGACAUUCUGAAUGCGAUCCAGAAGGAGUUGCGCAACUCGACGAAUGGACUGUCGUUCCAGUACGAGAUGUACGAGGUGGCCGACAACAAGUACGGCAUAGUGGACCCACACACUAACAAGUGGAACGGACUCAUAGGAGACAUUCUGCAGAAGAAGGCGGACAUGGCGGUGGCUGGGAUGAUCAGGAAUUAUGAGCGGGAGAUAGUGGUGGACUUCUCCGCCUCCUACAUGGACUAUGGGGUGUCCAUCCUCAUCUCCAAACCACACAAGACCAACAACGUAUUUGGGUUCCUCAAGCCACUCACAGUGCAGGUGUGGAUUUCGAUCUGUGUGGCCACCUUUCUGAUUGGUCUGCUGCUGUUCGUCCUCUCCCAACUCAGUCCCUUCAGUCGCUUCAACCUCUUCGGCUCAGAGGAGUUCAACUUCAACAACGCCAUGUGGUUCGCCCUCGCUUCCCUCAUGCAACAGGGGGGAGAUGCUACUCCUGUGACUACGAGUGGGCGAAUACUGGGCACGUUCUGGUGGUUCUUCAGUCUCAUCAUAGUGGCCACUUACACUGCCAAUCUGGCCGCCUUCCUCACUGUGACCAGAAUGGAGACCCCCAUUGAGAGUCUGGAGGACCUGGCCAGUCAGCACAAGAUGAGAUAUGGCACAGUGGCAGACUCCAGUCUGCAGUACUUCUUCCGCGACCAGGCGGGUAUGGACCAGUUGUAUGAGCGGAUCUGGACGUACAUGAGUGAGACUGAGCCGACGCCAAUGGUGCGGGACGAAGAGGAGGGGCUUCACCUGGUGCUCAACGGCGAGUACGCAUUCCUCUGGGACGACCCAGUACUUCAGUUCCACCGCAAGCAGAACUGUCAUAAGCUGCAGGUGGUGGGGAAGCCGUUCAACAAGAAGAACUACGCAUUCGCAGUGCCCAAGGGAGCCCCCUACAGGGAGACAAUCACACUCUCCAUCCUCCGAUUGCAGGAGUCGGGCGAACUUGACAAGAUUAAGCAGAAGUGGUUUGAGAGCUCCACUACGUGUACAGAGGAGGACAAGGGGUCUGCGACAAAGAGUGCGGAGGGGAUUGAGCUGGACAAUGUGGCAGGCGUCUUCUACAUCUUAGGGGCAGGCGCAGUCGUUUCCCUACUCACAUGUGUCAUAGAGUAUGUCUGGUUCAAAUACCUCAGUGGAAGCUCAGACUCCGCACAGAUGCAGGAUAUGAGUCAGAACAGUUUGAGAGUAGUCAGGGAUCAUCACAGGAGCAAGAGCCAGUGUCUGGACGGGGAGGUGAUUCUCAACAGAAGUGCUGCUAGCCUCGCAAACAGAAGAGUUCUACUCAACGGCGGACCAAAACAAGAGCAUGACACAAGUUCUCACAUCAUAAUAAACAACAACAAUAACAAUACUAGCAAACAGAUCAGAGGUAGAGACUACUGCUCGGACAUGCUAAGUGUUGAUCCAUUGUCAAUGCAGUCGGAACAAAUUGGUGUGACGCAUUUCAAUCCUAACAACAAUAGCAUCAACAAGAACAUCAGUGGCAGCAAAAGUAUUAAUGUCAAUAAUAACAAUUACAACAACAACCGGAGGAGUUCGAUCAGUCCGGCUGAGAAUAACCAGCCGCCCUACCUGGACUACUUGCCCCUGAAGAACUUCAAUCCAAACCUCAGCCGCCCCUCUGCCGUCCCUGCUCCAGGGACACUUAGUGGUAGGGCCCUUAGGGGUCAUCAGAUCAACAACAACUCUUGCGCAUGAACAAACUAUGGCAAAAACGCUUCAAGUUAUUUUUACUCAGUAGCGAAUUUAGGGAAGGGGAUAGCGGACGCUUCUCUCCCUCACUCUUGGAUUCAACGAAAGGCGCCAUGAAAGG